GCCAGUUUGACGUGCGCUGUCGUCAGUGUGGCGUCUACCGGCAUAGGAGAGAGCAGCGAUGGUGCCGGCCUGGAGAUGGGCGUUAGCCUGCUGUCUGCUGCACACCAUCGCCGCCCAGUCCACCGAGGAUAGCGUGUUCUGGUACCAUGAAGCACAGGACGAGCUGAAGGCGGCCCUCAACAUGGAGCCCAACCGUAACACAGCAAAGAACAUAAUAGUCUUCAUCGGAGAUGGCAUGGGCAUCCCGACCAUCACAGCUGCUAGAAUCUACAAAGGACAGCAGCAAGGCAAGAACGGCGAAGAGGGUAAUCUGUUCUUCGAGACGUUCCCACACGUGGCCUUGUCCAAGACGUACAACCCGGACCGCCAGGUGCCCGACUCGGCCGGCACGGCCACCGCCUACUGGUGCGGCUACAAGGGCAACUACGAGACGAUCGGCGUGGACGCGCGCGUGUCGGCCGGCCAGUGCCAGGCGGCGCUGGAGCCGCGCCACAGCCGGCCCUGCCUCAUGGAGUGGGCGCAGGCGGCUGGCAAGCACACAGGCAUCGUGACCACCACUCGCAUCACGCACGCCACGCCAGCCGCGCUGUACGCCAAGUCUGGACACCGCAACUGGGAGUGUGACGGCAAGCUGGGCGAAGCCGGCCGCGGCUGCACCGACAUCGCCAGGCAGCUGGUGGAGAACGCGCCUGGCAAGCACGCCAAGGUGCUGUUCGGCGGCGGGCGCCAGAUGAUGAUGGCCAACCUGAACAACACGCGGUUCGCGCCUGAGUAUCCGGGCGGCUGCGCGCGCCAGGACGACCGCGACCUCACGCAGACCUGGCUCAUGGAGAAGCGCAAGCAGGGCCUCAAUCCGCAGUUUGUCGCCACCACGGCCGAGCUGCGCGCGCUCGACCUCAACGAGACCGAUCACAUCAUGGGUCUGUUCGGCAACAGCCACACUCCGUACGAGGACCUGCGGGACAAGGGACCGUCCGGAACACCCAGCCUCACCGAGAUGGUCGAGACGGCCAUCAAAAUGCUUAGCAAAAGCGAGAACGGGUUCUUCCUGGCCGUGGAGGGCGGCCGCAUCGACCACGCCCACCACGACACCAAGGCGCGCCGCUCGCUCUCCGAGACGCUCGAGUUCGACAACGCCGUCCAGCUGGCGCGGUCGAUGACGUCAGAGGAGGACACGCUGAUCGUAGUGACGGCCGACCACAGUCACGUGAUGAGCAUACAGGGCUACCCGGUUCGCGGCAAGAACAUCCUCGGUGCCCCGCAGAUAGCCGAAGAUGGCCUGCCCUUCACAACGCUGUACUACACCAACGGACCUAAUGUCAACCACACAUGGAACGGCACGCACGUCCUGCGCCAGGACCUGAGCAACGUGGACACCACCGACUGGGAGUUCGUGCAGCCGGCGGGCUUGCGUCGGCAGGAGGAGACGCACGGCGGCGAGGACGUGGCCAUCUUCGCUUCCGGACCUUGGUCGCAUUUGUUCCACGGAGUGCACGAGCAGAGCUACAUCCCGCACGUUAUAUCGUACGCCGCCAAUAUCGGACCCCGGGCCGACUUUAAGGGAGGGCGCUACGCUCGCUCCUCCGCCAGUUGCCCGUCGCGGCAACAGAUGUCACCACUGGCGCUACUGCUGGCGGUCGCCGGUCGAAUGGCCCUGAGGACGGUUUAGCCGGGUAUUUAGAGGCAACGAAAUCUUGGAAGAGGUGCGUGUUUCAUUAUUAGCUGCAGGUCUUUUCGGCUUCGGCCGGAUAAUGUGCCAGUGGUGCGUCGCUAGGGCAUGUUGCGUCGCUGUGGUGCGGUGCGUCGCUAGGGAAUGAUGCACUGCUAUAGAGUGGUGCUUUGCCAGUGAAUGAUGCGUUGCUAGCAUCGCGCUACGGCCGUGGGCACCGAGUAUGAUUUAUAUUGUAGCUUAUGACCUUGCGCCCUGACCGGGACCCCUGGUCUGCUCGUAGGCGUGCGCGAGAAAGGCGGAUGCUGUCCCGUUUUACAGUGUUCGGCGUACAGCGCAUUGUAUCGUUUUAACUCAGCAUGGCCGCUGACAUCAGCUGCUGCUGUGUAUCUGACGGCUGCCGCAGUCCCGUUGUAGAAAGACCUGGGGAUACUACCGGGCAAAGUUGUCUGGCAUGCCGUCGUUCCCGCCGGUAGCUUGUGAUGUAUGCAGGUCGCCAAUGUUGUCCCUCCAAAUACAUGAUGUUGAAUGAAA